AGUCUUACUGCAGGAGUAUCAGGGCUAAUAAACAGGAGGGUGGACGUGCCCCCCUCUCUCUCCUCUCCUCUUCUCUCGCCUCCUCCGCAGUGCACUUGCAGCUGAGCAGCACUCCGGACAGGACGGUCUCCUCCCCCCUCCUCUUCUGCCUCCUCUUCUUAUUCCUCUUCUUUUUUUUUGUUGUUGUUUUUUUUUGUUAUCUAUGUGUGGUACUGCUGAGGGGUGCACCUUCAGUCGCAUCUCACUCCGGUGUGAGGGUCCCGUAUACGAACGGACGCGUGACGGGUGAGGACUCAUUGAUAAAAAUCCACGCCGCUGGGAUUAAAAUGAGCACUCCUGCUGCGCGGCUCUCCUCCACCUCCUCCUCCUCCUGCUCUGCCUCCUCCACAUAGCGCUGCUUUCUCUGCACAAGAUCUGAUUUUAUGAGACUCCAGCAGGCGACGCAGGAUGACUACUACAGUAUCGCUGGUGGUUUUGUGCGCUCUGGUGGCGUUAGUGUUGGCAUCUAAGACGGAACGGGCUGUGCUUCUGCAGCCCUGUGACAGUGGCCAGUACACGGCCGGUGGGGAAUGCUGCGAGCAGUGUCCACCUGGAGAGGGAGUGGUGAAGAAAUGCGGCGCUACACAGACGGUCUGCUCCCAGUGUUUGGACAGUGAAACUUUCUCAGAGAACUACAGUCACACAGAACAGUGCUCGCCCUGCACGCAGUGCAUCGGCCUGAUGCGGAUGGAGACGCCUUGCACCGACUCCAACGAUGCCAUCUGCAUCUGCAACUACAACUACUUCUUCAGCUCGAUAUCGGGCCAAUGCGAGUCAUGCACGGUGUGCCCUGCAGGCCAGGGUGUGUUUGCUCACUGCGAACACAACCACGAUACAGUGUGUGAGGAGUGUGUGGACGAUACCUACUCUGACCGGGAAAGCUACCUCGAUCCCUGCCUGCCCUGCACCAUCUGUGACGAGGAAACGGAGAAACAGCUGGCUGAAUGCACACCAACCAGUGACUCUGUCUGUCACAAUCCUCUGAUUCCUACAUAUUUUGGUCCGACAGACAUGGAUCCAUCUCCACCCUCAUUUACCAAUUACUUCCUCCCUGGCUCUGACAGUCCGAUUCCAGGAGCAGAGACAACCACCUCCAGCGCUGGCUCUCCUCGCUUCCUCGGUCACGGGCUCAACGAAAACCUCAUCCCCAUCUACUGCUCCAUCGUGGCUGCUGUGGUGGUGGGCCUGGUGGGCCUAGUGGCCUACGUUGUUUUUAAGAGGUGGAACAGCUGCAAGCAGAACAAGCAGGCAGCUAAUAACCGCGCGGCUACGAACAACCAGAUGGUGACGCCGGAGGGAGAGAAGCUGCACAGCGACAGCGGCAUCUCAGUCGACAGUCAGAGUCUGCAGGAGCAUCAGCAGCAGCAGCAAGCCCAGGCCGAAGUCCAGGCUCAACCUGCACGCUCUCACACACAGGAACAGAUAGUGGUGAGGGUCGAUGGUGGCCCCCAGCCUGACACGCCACCCCCUGAAGUCUGAGGAGAGAGAAGAGGAGACAUCAGAGCUGAAAACAGGGAGAGGAGAGUUGGGACUUGACAGUGGACCAAAAAAAACGAAAGCAGGGGGGAGGGGCACAUGGGAAUGUAAAACUGAUCUCCAGUUCACAUCUGAAGUGGCCACAGAGAAAAUCUUUUGACUUUGAAAGCCUCCCAGCACCUUUGGACCGCAGUCUGACUCUUCAUCCCUGCAUACAGAGUCCAAAUCUACCCAUCAGUGUGCCUGGACACAAACUGUACGGCAAUAUCAAUCUGUACCAAUGUCACUGCACAUACAUAAUCAUACAAAAUGCCAGUGCAUCUCGUAUUAAAUGAGAGUAUCUAAUAUUCCCACUAACUGCCAAUUUAGCAUCCCCAAACCCUGCCUAAUCCUGCCAUUUCCCCUCUACUUCCAUGAUCACUAGCCAUGAAACGAAUGUGCCUGAAAUGGAAGUAGGCAGACAGGUUCUUUAUGAUCUCCCCUUUCUUUCCUAUGUGCAUCAGAAAUACUUUUCUCUCUUCCUCUGUGGUGCCCCACUCUCAGUUAAUCCCUCAUCUCCAUCCGAAGGAUCCUAUCCAUUAGACCCCCGCCGUUGUCUGCGAUACAAAAAGCAGCGGGGGAGGCGUGAGUCAACCCCAAGUUCUUCUGUAGUUUCUUGUUCUUUUUCAUUAUUUAACGGACACAUUUCAUGGCACGUUGUCUCGAAGAGUGUUUGCGUCAAUGUUUGAGAUUGGCAGCUCAGGCUGAGGCAAGUGACUCAUAUCUGGGAAGAAAGGUCAAUUGCUGCGUAGCCCUCUUGGUAAUCAACUAUUUUUUUCUCUUUUUCCUGCACUUUCUCUUUUCCCUUGGCUGAAAUAGACCUCUUCACAGUGGCUCCAGGGAUUGUAUUUCAGUAAUUUCAUGCUUAUAAUGUAACACGGCUCCGGUUGGUGGUGCAUUACUUUCAUUUUGUGGCUUCAGUUACAUGGCUGAUUCAGCAGGGUGCUUCCUCGGCUCUCCGUGGAGCCUGGACGGGCAACAUAAGAGAAACAUCUCCUGGGCUGUGGAGCUCUGCUGAGUCACUGUGAUGGGUUGAGAUGCAAGCUGUGACGUCAUUGGUGACCCAGUAUAGAGCUGCUACAUAAACAGACGCUUUAAUGAAUUUGGUGGGGGAAAAAAUGCCCAAAGUCCCAUCUGUCAUGCCUUACACUUGCCGAGUGGGAAAAUUGGGACACCCCUCAGAGGCAAACUCUUCACUAUCCUCCACUCACCGACAGCACCACCCUCUACAUACUCACUCUUACACUUACACACAGCUCUGAUCGAGCCUGAUAAACAGUCCUGAGGCGCUAAUGUACCAGCCGCGCUUGAAUCCAUCAACACAAGGCCCAUUAGAGAGACGUCCUGACAGGCAGGUAGUAAUUACCUCAGGGUUUCAGCUUCUUUACCCUUUGCUCUUCUCAGCUCAGACACAGCUCAUCGGGGGUAAUGCUGUGGUCAACAGAGGGCUGACAUGGCCCUAUUUGAAGACGCAACAUGACAUUACAGAUCCCUUCUCCAAGCCUCAGGCCGGUGACAUUUAAUAUACCGCCACGGUGGUAUAAAAGCACUUAGAAGUAUAGCUGGGUGACACUUUUUUUUUAUCACAAAGAAUGUCUUUUAUGUUGACCCCCUACUACUUGCAGUAACUGUAAAAGCAUAGAUAUCUUGUAUAGAAGCAUAUUGGAGUUACGCUUGACUGCACUGCUUUAGCAUCCAUUCCUACAGGGGCACGUGCUUUCUCAGGGUCCCAAUUUUUGUGAUUUGACAAAAAAAUUAGAGUAUUUCUGUAAACGUCCUGUAAAGUUUAAAUAGACUAGGCAGGUAGACAGGUACAUACAUGAAGCGGCUGUAGAGUAAAAAAGCUGUUAAAAGGUACAGUUUAAUGUGUGUAUUUGAUUGUAUUGAUUAAGGCACUGAUGAAUCAGAAUGGGUUUGAAAUUUUAGGGAAUUCAUUUUCUUUCCAACACUUACAUGAGAAAAUCAAGCAGCAACUUCCAGGCUGAGAA